AUGUCGGACGACACAUUACCGUCUCUCGAGGAGUUCAAACUGCACAAUCUCCUGAAAGCUGUACCCGAGGCGCAGCGGGAUUUGACACAGGCAAUAUUGCGAGUAAGCAGGUGCUACACAAAGGACCUGGACACGCAAUGUGAGCAAAUUAUUAGCAUAGAGAAGGAAGAGGUGAUGGAUAGGCUGGACCGUGUGCAACGCAGUUAUGAGAGCAUUAAAGCUGUCGAUAGGACGAGAUACAUGGACCAGAUAAGAUGGCUGGAAUCUGAGAUGGCUGAUGUUGCGCAGCACUUUGCCUCCUCAAAAGAGCGAACUGACCGUCUCGUGACAAAAAUCAAGCGAAUAGAAAAAAUGAUGCAGCUGAAAGACCGGUUAUUCGACGCAAAAACGUUCCAUUAUGAUCAUUACAAAGAGCUGUACCAGUAUGGCAUGCGCAAGGACGCAAGGGAAACGAGCCCGCUGAAAGAGCAGCAGUUUUUAAGUCUCGAGCAGGAGAUAGGGGAACUACGCAGACAGCGGUCCACCAGCAUAACGCGAAUCCAUAACCCGACCCACUUGCUGGUCCACGAGGAGCCCGUCACACAAAUUUCGCAAACUGUCGCUACCGCGACGUCGCCGCAAUUAGACCACGAUGUGUCCACCACGUUGCGUGGGUACGUUAAGUAG